ACGGGCAUGAUAGUCUCAACCAACAAGUGGUGCUCCGCAAUAGUCUAUGUCUAUAGUGAAGGUUGUAUUCAAUCAAGCUGGCUGCUGCCAGACAUGGGGCGCCUCAGUACUGUCUACAAUGGGGAUUACACGUGGGGGAUAGAGGGCCUCGGACAACACGCGCAAACAGCUGACUUCAUACUCCUGGUGUGGAGAAACCAUAGGUUCAAGUCGCUCGCAGCCUUAGGACCAAACUCUUAUUCUGUAUCACCCUGGUUUUUCUCUUAGUCAUUAGUCCCCGGAACGGACUGAACACCCUGAGGAUACUGCAGCAGCAUGUCUGGGAACAUGAUGGAUGCCAGUGGGCUACUGGCCCAUUCAGAUGACCAUGCUUCGAUGAUGUCUGUACAGUCAAUACAUCCUAAUCCGGAUACUAUGUCAAAACUGGUCCGACGCCUCAAGGCUCUCACAUUAGCAUUGCUUCCAGUGGAGGUUUCUCCCGAUAGAUUGGAAGAUCCUACGAGUCGUGUGAUUACGCAUCAGGUUGUUUCAUCAUAUAUUGCUGCAGCUGGAGACCUCAUUGAAGCGCUGCCAUACUGUCUCCUUCGCGCGAGAAAGGAGUUUAUGUGGGAAGCCGGCCACAAUCCAGCAGACUAUGGCGAAAACCUUGGUAGAGCGAUUGCCUGUGAAGUUCUCGCACGUCGUGUUAUUCACCUUGCACCACCCGACAAAAUGCAUGCAAUGAUGUCCAGUCGCUUUAGACAUAGGGAAGUAGACGGAGAUGAAAGUGAAAGACUCAGUGCGAUUGAGAUUGCUAUUGAUUCACAUUGCACAAUAUUCCUAUCUUCAAGUGAAGCGCAAGAUGUCGUCAAUGACCUCUGGUGUGGUCGGCUCGUACAAAAGCAUGACACUGAACAUGGCAUCGAAUUCGUUCCAUCCAAGCAUGAGGGUUAUGACGGUUUCUGGAGCCACCUUUCUACUAGCCGGCUAUCCGUCCCGCGAUACCAAAAUAUCUUCCGAAUUAUCGUGUGGUUGUUAUUCCUUUUCAUCUAUUCUCAGGCUGUCCGAGAACCUUUGGACAAAAUUGACCCAAAUUAUACGGACUUCGAUAAAUGGGAAGUGGUCAUGUACGUUAUGGGCCUAGCGUUCGCGUUUGAAGACAUUCAAAAAAUUCUCAAGCUACUUAUCUUCGUAUCCUGGCGUGCUAUUGGAUUUUGGAACAUUGUGUCGCUCUGUAUCGAUGCUUUAUUGAUGACAGCUUUCUGUUUACGCGUGGCGGGCAUCUCAUCCUCGGGCCCUGGAAAUUAUAAUCUACGUCUCAAAAGUUUCCAGUGUUUGAGUUUUGUUGCACCGCUGAUCUGGAUGAAGGUUAUCCCAAUUUUCGACGGAUACAAGUUUGUUGGAACAAUGCAGAUAUGUAUAGCCCGGAUGUUGCAAGAGUCUGGGAUAUUCUUUUGUCUCCUGGCUUUGUUGGGCGUCGGGUUCCUGCAAGGUUUGUAUGCUUUGGACGCAGCAGAUGGACAGGGUGAUCGCCCCGCUGAAGUUGUCCACGUCCUCAUACAAGCAUUACUUCAAGCGCCAAAUUACGAUAGGUUUGAAAUCAGUACCGCUGGCCUCAUCCUAUUCUAUCUAUGGAAUGUUGCAACCGUCGUUAUCUUGUUGAACAUCCUCAUUUCUCUGUUCUCUUCCGCGUAUGAUGACGUUGUCGAGGAUGCAGCUGCUGAAUACUUGGCUUACUUUGCUGAUAAGGCAGUUGGCAUGAUUAGAGCUCCGGACCAGUUUUUGUACCCUGCACCUUUCAACUUAAUCGAGAUUGUUGUUGGGCCCUUUGAGUACGUUGUCCAUCCGAGGACGUAUGCCACGAUCAACAAAUAUGUCAUGGGCACUAUCUUCUUCAUCCCGCUCGCUGUCAUUGCCCUCUAUGAAGCGGAACUUGACCCCUCCAAGAACAAAUGGGUGAAGAACUGGCUUUCGCAUUCUGAUCAAGGUUUCGAAGAUGACCCGGAAGCUCAAGAUCCUGAACCCGAUGAUGAAGAUGCUGCGAACGGCCUAAGGAUCAGUAGAGUGCCCUUCAAGGAGCUCAUUUCCGUCUUCCCCGACACGACACAGUCUAGUGAAGCUGUCAUCUUGGGAGAAGUCAGGGAUCUCAAGAAUCAAAUUGAAGAGUUAAAAAAGCUACUUUUGGAGAAGAACCGUUGAACUGUAAUUUACUAAAGGGUUGGUGACGGAUCCCGUUUUCGGAUAUCCCUUUUUUUCGUGAUGUGUUGUUACGAUUUCUAUAGACGUUUGAUAUAGACGUUUGGCUUUUCUCAUCUUGUUUGUCUUGCUUAUGCUUUGCUACGAAUGCUUUCUGAAUGCUAUUGAUACAAAUUUCAUGUGUUAAUGUACA